CCUGGGAUGCCAUCAGGAGCCCGAAUGCCCCAUCAGGGGGCUCCCAUGGGUCCCCCAGGGCCGCCGUAUGUUGGAAGCCCCUCGGUGCGACCCGGGAUGCCCCCGGCCGUGAUGGAGAGCACCAGGAAGCGCGCGGCGCCGCAGCAAGUGCAGCAGCAGCAGGUGCAGCAGCAGGUGCAGCAGCAGCAGCAGGGCACCCAGAGCCGGACCAGGAGUGCCAAGAGGAGGAAGAUGGCUGACAAAAUUCUCCCUCAGAGGAUCCGGGAGCUGGUUCCUGAGUCCCAGGCCUACAUGGACCUGCUGGCCUUCGAACGCAAGCUGGACCAGACCAUCAUGCGGAAACGCGUGGAUAUUCAGGAAGCGCUGAAGAGGCCGAUGAAGCAAAAGCGGAAACUGAGACUCUACAUCUCCAACACGUUUAAUCCUGCGAAGUCUGACGCGGAUGACUCUGACGGCAGCAUCGCGUCGUGGGAGCUGCGAGUGGAGGGGAAGCUCCUGGAUGACCUCAGCAAACAGAAACGAAAGUUUUCGUCUUUCUUCAAGAGUUUGGUCAUUGAGCUGGACAAAGAUCUGUAUGGACCUGACAACCACCUCGUGGAGUGGCACAGAACUCCCACAACCCAGGAAACGGAUGGUUUUCAGGUGAAGAGACCCGGUGAUGUCAGUGUGCGGUGCACGUUGCUCCUCAUGUUGGACUACCAGCCGCCACAGUUCAAGCUGGACCCGCGGUUGGCCCGUUUGCUGGGGAUACACACGCAGACCCGCUCAGCCAUCAUCCAGGCGCUCUGGCAGUACAUCAAGACAAACAAGCUGCAGGACUCCCAUGACAAGGAGUACAUCAACUGCGACAAGUACUUCCAGCAGAUCUUUGACUGUCCGCGGCUAAAGUUUUCUGAGAUUCCUCAGAGGCUCACUAACCUGCUGCUGCCACCAGACCCUAUCGUGAUAAACCACAUCAUCAGUGUUGACCCCAACGAUCAGAAGAAGACGGCUUGUUAUGACAUAGAUGUAGAAGUUGAAGACCCGUUAAAGGGACAGAUGAGUAGUUUUCUUCUCUCAACAGCUAACCAACAGGAGAUUACAGCAUUGGACAACAAGAUUCAUGAGACAAUCGAAUCCAUAAAUCAGUUAAAAAUACAACGUGAUUUCAUGCUGAGUUUCUCCAAAGAUCCCAAAGGAUACAUCCAAGACCUUCUCCGGUCCCAAAGUAGGGAUCUUAAGGUGAUGACUGAUGUAGUUGGAAACCCAGAGGAAGAACGCAGAGCUGAAUUUUAUCACGAGCCAUGGUCUCAAGAGGCUGUAAGCAGAUAUUUCUACUGCAAGAUCCAGCAGCGCCGGCAGGAACUGGAACAGUCUCUGGGAGUGCGCAACACAUAAGUACUGCUCACAAGAUCCCGUUGGCGUCAUGACCACCAAACCAGUGGACUUUUCAGUGUUACUUAGCUCACUGUUACACAUGGACCUGUUUCCUGAUGGGAUGGGAAUGUACCAUCACCACACCAGUCAGAACACCAGCUUUAGAGUGACCCUUGAAAAUCUUGCCCAUGGCGGGUGCCUCAAACCAUUCCAGGCCAGAGACAGCACCGUACAGGUGUCAGCGUUAACGAAGAUUAAAGGUUCAUUCAUCAACACGCAUCAUUAAGUUUUAGUGGAAAGUUCAGACACUACACAGCAAAUCUACUGGGCUAUGCAUAGAAUCAUGAGUGGCAUUGAUGGGGGACGUUGAGGUGGGUGUUAUAGGAGACUACAGAUUUAGAGAUAUAAAUGCAGUUCUCAUCCUAAGGGUCUCGAAUAGUAACUUCUCUGGAAUU